AUGUCGCCGCUCCGCCCUCUCCUGGCUCUCCCGCCCUCUCUCCGCGCCCGUGCCUUCUCCGUCCUGAACCGUCCUUCCCCCAAAUAUCCCGGCCAUGUUCCCCUCAACAUCCCCGAACGCCUCUCCCUCGCUAUCGGAUCCGCCUUUGGAGCUCUCAAGAACCCUUACCGGCACGACUUGAUCGCCUCAUUGGGUGAAGCGACCGCGAAACCCUACUUCAUCUCCCGUCUUCGGAACGCCAUGCUCCAAUCUCCUUCGGGUCGGAGAAUUCUCAGAGACAAACCCCGCAUAACUUCAUCGUCCAUGUCGUUGGAGAAGUUGAGACAGCUUCCCUCAAAUACMGUAGGGUAUGCAUAUGCUGCGUGGUUGGAUCGAGAAGGCGUCACGCCCGACACGAGAGACUCAGUGCGAUAUAUCAAUGACCCAGAAGAGGCAUAUGUCAUGCAACGAUACAGGGAAACGCAUGAUUUCACCCAUGCCAUUACUGGUCUACCGGUCAUCAUUGAAGGAGAGUUGGCAAUUAAGGCCUUUGAGUUUGCGAAUACUUUACUUCCAAUGACGGCGUUAUCCUUGGCCGCGAUUGUGAGAUUGAAGAGAGUGGAGAGGGAGAGGUUCUUUUCAGUCUAUGGACCGUGGGCUGUGAGAAAUGGCUUGAAGGCCGAGGAGGUGAUCUGUGUCUAUUGGGAGGAGGAGUUGGAGACGGAUGUGGAUGUUUUGAGAAAGAGGCUGGGGAUUGAGAUUCCACCAGACUUACGGGCGAAGAGAAAGGCAUUGAGGGAGAAGCUGAAGAAGGAAAAAGCGGAGAGACAGGCGGUCAAAUGA